AUGGGGCCUGAGUCAGGCAGCACUGGUCCUCCCACUACCACCACCCAGCCCUGCUCCCCUCUACCAACACCACCCAGCCCUGCUCUCUUCUACCAACGCCACCACCCAGCCCUGCUCUCUUCUACCAACGCCACCACCCAGCCCUGCUCUCUUCUACCAACGCCACCACCCAGCCCUGCUCUCUUCUACCAACGCCACCACCCAGCCCUGCUCUCUUCUACCAACGCCACCACCAAGCCCUGCUCUCUUCUACCAACGCCACCACCAAGCCCUGCUCUCUUUUACCAACGCCACCACCCAGCCCUGCUCUCUUCUACCAACGCCACCACCCAGCCCUGCUCUCUUCUACCAACGCCACCACCCAGCCCUGCUCUCUUUUACCAACGCCACCACCCAGCCCUGCUCUCUUCUACCAACGCCACCACCCAGCCCUGCUCUCUUCUACCAACGCCACCACCCAGCCCUGCUCUCUUCUACCAACGCCACCACCCAGCCCUGCUCUCUUCUACCAACGCCACCACCCAGCCCUGCUCUCUUCUACCAACGCCACCACCCAGCCUUGCUCCCCUCUCCUCUACCAACGCCACCACCCAGCCCUGCUCUCCUUCUCUACCCCCUGGAGAGCCUCCAUCUGUGGCCGGCCAUGCGUGGGCGUCCUAG